CUCUUUGAAUACCUGAAACAGCUGCAAUCGAUAAUUGAGUUUUGUGAUGCUUGCAUGUAGACUCAAGGGAUCAGGCCGUCACCGUAUCUGUCACAAACAGAGGAGCUUGUCAUGUCUUCUUUAAUAAAACGGAGCAAGAGAGAAACUAACUCACUUUUUAACAGCGCACAUUGGUGUUCUCCACAUCAGUCCUUGUGUGUUGGAGAUUUGAACACAGACAAGAAUUUAACAAUGGACUUAUUCAACUCCGCUCUUGGCAAAAACAUCACCUUUGUGCGUCCUGCAUUUUUUAUAAUAAGUGGAUUCAUUGGAAUACCUAAUGCCAUGUAUUACUAUAUCUUUCUCUUUUUUGUUUACGUUAUUUCAGUGGUGGGAAACACAGUUGUGAUGACUGUAAUUUACUUGGAUCAUAAUCUGUGGACUCCAAAAUAUAUAGUUGUUUUUAACCUGGCCUUUGCAGACCUGUUUGGUACCACUGCUUUGGUGCCAAAGGUCCUUGACCUCUUCCUGUUUAACAAUAACCACAUAUCCUACAGUGACUGCUUGACAUUUAUUUUCUUCUGGUAUAUCGCUGUAAUAAUGCAGAUUCUUAAUUUGAUUGCGCUCUCCUAUGACAGACUGAUUGCUAUUAUUUUCCCACUGCACUAUCAAGUGAGAGUGACUCACAGGUUCAUGUUUUCUCUGAUUGCUUCUUUUUGGCUCUUUGCCAUAACUGUGACUCUCCUGUUAGAUGGCCUCCUCACAAGACUGUCCUUCUGUAAGUCUUCUGUGGUUGUUAACAGCUAUUUCUGUGACUAUAGUCAAAUAUACCGACUGGCUUGCAAUGACAAAACACCCACGUACGUCUUAGCUGUAUUCCUAAGAGUUAUUCUUCUUUGGCUUCCAUUGUGUUUCAUCUUGGGUACUUACGUGUGUAUUAUCAUUGCUUUGACUAGAGUGGCAACAGCUCAGGAAAGAGUGAAGGCCCUUAAAACCUGCACAGCUCAUAUUUCACUGGUGGCCAUCUAUUUUAUUCCAAUACUAAUCUCAGCAACCAUGCAAAAUAUUCAUCCAAAUUCCAGGAUUAUUAACAUUUCUCUGUCCUCUGUAUUUCCUCCCAUGUUAAACCCAAUUGUUUAUGUUCUGCAGACACAAGAAAUAAAAACAUCACUGAGAAAGCUUUUAAAGAUCACAAACCAAUCCAGGAUUACUGUGAAGAAAGUACUGAUUAGAUGACCAUAUCUGUCUAUAUAUACAAACGUAAACAGUAUAAAUAGUAACAGUAAAGUAGUAAAACAAUGAUGCAUUUACUAUUUUAAAUAAUUUACUUAUAAUGUUUUUACAUGAAUCAGAUCAUACAUGGUAUUUGUUGUUGAUAUUGCUCAGCUAACACUUGAAAAGAUCAAUGAUGAAAUUUAUGGUACGUACAACACAGUCAUAGGACCAGUUUUCUGCUAACCGAUUUUAUUUUUUCAUUCUGUGUUUGUGUGAUGACUGCAAUUAAAUUAGAUACAGCAAACUAUUUCAGUUCUGUUAAUGUCCCUUCAUGCAGUCCACUUGUCGUGUCAUUUAAUUUUGAAUGAAUAAACAUGAAAGAUA